AUGACAAAGGACUUGACCUUCGAUGUCCAUUUCGACAACGAGCUCGCGCACGAGUACUACGGGGACGGGGAAGAGCUUGCGAAGAAACUUCGCGAGAUAUACCACGAUCGCAACCUCAAGUUCCCAGAUUUCUUCGAUUCCACAUUGACCAGUCCGCCUGUACAUUUCCUGACCGUCGAAGCACCGGACGAUGUGAAGAUUGAGGAACUGCAGAAUGUGGAAGUGCCACCAGGACUGCAUGUUGAUAUUAUUGACUUCCAUAUGGAAUAG